ACUACCUACACCUUCCUAUCCUUCCUCUUGAGCAUGACCUAAUAUAUAUUACACGGCUUUCUCUCUCCCUUCUUUCGUUAUUCUAAUACUUUAAUACAUUAUCGCUGGUGUAUUCUACCAUCUCCCUUCAGUAUCCCGCAUUAUAACCCUUGUUCACAAUGACACGCGCUCAGCAAACUCUCUCCGUUCUCCUACUCGUCUCUUCGCUAUAUCUCGUCCUAUACUUGGGCCUCGUGCCCCUCAACGAAACCGUUCAGAAAGAGAUCAUUCCUGUCCUUCCCUUCUAUGCCCUAAUAUCUUUCGGAUGCUACCUACUUGGCCGGCUAGGUGUAGCUAUCUUGACAUUCAACGAUGUCCCUGAGGCACACCAGGAAUUGCAGAAAGAGAUUGAGCAGGCCAAGACGGAGUUGCGCAAACAAAACGUCGACGUCGACUGAAACGCCUUGAGCGAUUGGUCCGGUUUUAGAGAUGCCGACUUCCCUCCUCUUCACUAUGCUACUGGGUUGCCUCUAAUAAGGCGCCUCAGUAGCUUUCGCUUAUGGGGUUCUAGUAGUUAUAGAAUAGCUAAUACGCACAUGUAUAAGAUAUCAAUUUUACUGUGACCCUACCUAAUACCGCAGGUUCCAGUUGGUCAAAUCCAACAGCAUACACGUUGUUACGCUCUG